UUUUCUUGAGGUUGUGCCAUGAUGCCAUCAACAUUUAGGAGUUUGAUACAAGUGUUUGAUUCUCACUAAAAUACCAUGCGGAAAUGAUAUUACACUGCGAAGACUAGUGACUAGUUGACAGCGCACGUUGCAUUGUGGUAUAUUUGAGGGGACGCUUUGCUUUACUAGCUCGUAAACAACUUUAUUUUUUACCUGGUGAUCAUUGUUAGCAAAAUACUGAAUAGUUGGAGUUGAUUUCUGACUGUAAAAUAAUAAAUAUAAUGGAUGAACAGCAUAAUUGCGCGGAAAAAGAUCAAGUUUGCCUUCAUUCUGACUGUGAUAUUGUAUUAACUGAGGAUGACAUACCUCGUGCCAAGCUCUGUAAGCCAGUCGAACAGUGCUCGAUGGCAAUAUUAAAGAGAUGGCUUUCGUGUCGUGGAGCUAAAAUUACUGGGAAAAAGCUUGAACUUGUGAACAGAGUAAAGUUAACAAUGGAUUGCAUGGACAAGUUGUUGACCCUGACAGUGGAAAGAUAUCUAAAAAAAAGGAUCACUCUAAGUACUCCUCAGACGACACCAGAUGAAGCACUUCCCAUUUCUGGAUUCCAAGCAGAUCUUUCAAUUUUACCAAGGGUGGGGUAUGCCGACAUUUGGAAGUUUCUGAUAGAUGAUGUUGAAGUUAAAAAGCAAAUAUCUACCGAAAAACCUUUUGUGAAAGGUUAUAAUUUCUUCAAGUCUGGCAAUGUUCAACAAGUUCUAUCACAAACAAGAAAUAGUUUAUAUUUUAUAAAAAGCCAAGUGCUACCUUCCAUAAAAAAAGAUAGUUACACAGUCAAACUAACAAUGAAUGAAAGAUCUCUUGUGCUAAAAGCUUUCUGUGAUUGCCCUGCUGGAAUUGAUGGACACUGCAAUCAUGUAGCUGCUACAUUGUUCUUGCUGGAAUCUCAAGAUUGUUCCUCAAAUAAAGUAAACAAUUUCGGCUUGCAAAAUUCUGUUACUCCUUGCACUUCAAAGCCUUGCACUUGGAAUAUUCCUAAAAGAGCUGCUAAAGCUUCCCCAAUACAGGGCAUAAUACAAUAUAGUGUUAACUUUCCUGCUAUACCAGCUAUGCUUUCAUGCCUUAUACAUUCAGCUUUUGCUUGACCACAAUAUUCAUUCAAGUUUUUAUAGAUCUCAUGGUAUCUUUGACACAAUGUUUCUGAUCCUUGCAAUGACUCCAUUACAGAACUCUUAAUCUCAUUCAAUUGCCAAGAAACAUUGCAACUGUUGAUGAAUGCUUGCUUUAAAUUUUCAAUAGCUCCGCUGUCAUCUUGGGCUUGUUCUUUAAUGUUAUUUAUGUGAAUUUCUGCAUCCACAACUAAUUUUCUGCAUUCAGCAGCAAGAUUACACAGACUCUGGUGAUUGAAAUGGGUUGGAGUAGUUAAUUACUUAUUAAAUGUAUAAAAGUCAAUCUACCUGAAAUCACUAUGGCAAACUAUAGAGAAUCAAUUUCAUAACUUACUUUCAUCAACUCAGCAUAUUUUUCCUGUAUCAGAUAUAUUGCAACAGUUCGAUAGAAAAUUGUAAAUAAAAAACACUUUAAUGUAUUUGAACCAUUUGAACAAGUUGUAAACAAAC